UUCUGUUCCAGCCCACGUUCCAACUAUUCCAGUCUUUUAAAACAGUGAACUAUAUGAACUGCAAUACCAUAUACUAGUACAGUGAGGAAGGCUCUUUCGGCUGAACUUGCAGAAAACUUACAAAUUUCCGAAGCUCCAAAGUUCAGUUUACGGGACUCCAACGUGUGGUCCGUAAAAUAAACCAUCUCAAUAUAUCGUGCAAUCCACAGCAUCUCUUUCGAACAUAACGGCGUCCCAUGACUUUUGACCUCUCGUUGAUUGUAGACAAUCGAGUUUCGACAAUUCAAAAUUUCGGGCCUUAUUCCACAGUGCCCAUCUGCACUCAUCAAUGCUAGCAUAUAAACAAAGUCUCUUUCAGUUGUGUUCCCUCCCGGAUGAUCCAACCAACACAGACGUUCUCCCUCUCUGGAGGUAUAAAGUUAUCUUUCACGGAUAGCGGUGCCCCUCUCAAUCAAUUAAACUACACCACUGUCCUCCUUUUACAUGGUGGAGUAUUCAAUGCAUAUCAAUUCCACAAGUUACAUGCAUACGCGCAUAGCCUCAACCUUCGCACCGUCCUUCUCCAUCGCAGAGACUACGCCGGCUCGACUCCGUAUUCAUCCUCGGAGAUACAGGAGCUCGAACGAGGAAAUGUUAUAUUUUGGGAACGGUUGGCUGCGCAAAUGGGGGAGUUCUUGAAAAUGUUCAUAGAACGGGAAGGAAUUCCAAAGUUGGCCGCUCGCCAAAAGCGGGCUCUGUCUCCCCAGGCGAAUGGUCUUGGAAAAGGGGGAAGUGGAGGUGUAGCGAUUCUAGGGUGGUCUGGGGGACGUUUGCCAAUCGUUUCGUUUCUUGGUGCGACCCAGAAUCGAAUGUUUUCAGAAGAGCUAUACGGCUUCUUGGUAGAGUACAUUGGAGAAUGUAUAUUCUAUGACCCUUCCUAUAACUGCUUCGGAUACCCACUUCCUCCAGAUAAUCGGAAUUAUAUUCCAUGGGAAGAUACUGCAAACUCCUCGGAAGACUUCCUGCAGGCCUUCUCGAACUGGGUUAGCUCUUACUAUGAUCACCCUUGUUACGACCACAUCACUCGAUCCCUACCAGCGACAGCUACCAUACAUGAUCUCGACGGUAGCAGGCGAAAGAGCGAUGAAACAUCCGUAUCCUCUUGGACAGCUGAAGAAAUUGCCAAAGGGACUGAGGAGAGGCCAGCCAGGAAUGAAAUUGCUACGUGAGUCUUCGGAGUAUGUAAUGAAUUUUUUGUGAG